GCAACCUAUAUAAAGCAAUGCAUCUUUAAUACGAUUAUAAAGGAGGAAGAUGGGCUCGGAAUGCUCAAUAUGCCCAUGAGAACACCCCGUACCAGCAUCCCUUGUCGCUUGUGUUUCUUCACCCCACCCAGAUGCACAAGACUGACGGGAACGAUGGCCAUUCAAAAGUCCUCAGUACAGUAACGGGGGAAAGGAGCUUUUGGAAACAAUCAGCCCCCCGCCAGCUCCGAGCGAGCAUUCGUUACUGAUGUGAGUAGUGAACGCUACAGUAACCACGGCAGAAACGAUGCUCUAGAUAUUUACCACUACAUCUACGCGCUCGAGACAGAUCCACAGAAUGCCAGCGGUCUAUAGAUGUCGGUGUAGCGGUCGGUGUGUGGAUUUGUCUGAUUGAACCAUUAGAGUUGAGUAACUUUUCAGAAUGCACGUCUGUUUACAUUGCGCCGAGGAAUGGACGCACUUCUGAAGUGAAUGUCAAUGGAGAAUGUUCACGGUGCUUGCUGGCGUCGCGGUAUGGACGCGUUCCUGCUCUACCUUCUUCUGCUAAUUGGGAUUGCAAAGGGAUCAAAUUAUGGCUACGUGGAAUGGUCUGAGAGCGACAAAGAUCUCGAAAUCAAGGCUAAAUAUCCUGUUUACAGCACCAGCGAGACGACGCACCAGCAGCCGACCAUCUCCAGCACCGAGCGACCGGCGGUGGCGCAUAAGCUCGAGGAGGAUCUUCCGCGGGUGGUCACCGCUUUCCUCCACACCGGAGACUCGUCCACCCUGGAGCAUGUCAACUGCUCGCGGCGGUAUGAGCUGAGCAGUCUUCGCGGUGGAGCUCACGCCGCCUCGCACUCCUCCCUCCAAGGCGUCCUCGACACCGUGGCACAAGCCACCAACUUCCUAAACAUGCUCCUGCAGUCCAAUACCUCCAAGGAGCAGCAUUUGAGGAUGGAUAUUCAGUGGUACCACGCGCUGGUGUCGAGUAUGUUGGAAGGGAAUCCUAAAAUCCACCGGGCAGUGGUCACAUUUCACAUGGAGUCUCCUGAGGCGCCUGGUCCUCAGGUGUUUCUCCAGGCGACCAGAGGAGAGGAGCGCAUAGUGCUUCAAGAUCUGUCCACCACCGCGCGCCAUCGCCUUAAAAACCGGACUUCUGAGUCCGACUGGUACAACGUGUUUCGGGACCGAAAUAAACACAAGCGGCUGGUUAAAAGUAGAGCGUUUCCAGCAGCGCAUGGCGGAUAUUUUUUAGACAAAAGUCAUGUCAAGUGGUCUUCGCCUUAUCUAGAGUGCGAGCACGGCAGGUUUGUGCCGCACUGGCUUUUAACGAUUUCUGCUGGCUUCUAUGGCUUGAAGAAUAAGACGGCGCCCGAGUUUAGAGGAGUGGUACGUGUGGAUGUAAAUCUCCAGGAUGUGGACAUCGACCAGUGCUCCAACAGUGGCUGGUUUGCAGGAACUCACCGCUGUAACUUGACAUCUAUGGAGUGUAAUCCAAUUGUGGGCCAUGGAUUUGUGCUGGACAAAUACAAGUGCCAAUGCAAGAGAGGUUUCUACCACCCAAGCCGGGUAGCACUCAACGGCUUCUCAAAAACAGACCUUGGAACGUACACUGAUGAAUCAUGGGAAUUGUCUGGGAGGUGUUUGCCCUGUCGAGAAGGCUGUGAGUUCUGCCGGGACGACACACCAUGUCUGGCUCAUGAAGACACGGCUCUGCGUCUGGCCAUGGUCUCCUUCCAGGGGUUCUGCAUGCUCUUGGACUUUAUCAGCAUGGUGGUCGUCUACCAUUUUCGACACAACAAGAGAAUCAAAGCAUCUGGUCUUAUACUUCUUGAAGCAAUUCUUUCAGGAUCUGUACUUCUUUACUUCCCUGUAAUGAUACAGUAUUUGAAUCCAAGUGUAUUCCGGUGUAUUCUCCUGAGAUGGGUCCGUUUGCUUGGAUUUGCCAUUGUCUAUGGAACAGUGAUUCUCAAACUUUACAGGGUUUUAAAGGUGUUUCUGUCACGGACGGCCCAGCGAAUUCCCUACAUGACCAGCUGGAGGGUUCUGCGUCUGCUUGCUGUGAUUUUGCUGGUGGUCAUGUGGUUCCUGGCGGCGUGGACCUCUGCCGUAUGUCAGAACCACAACACACGUCAUGCCCUCAUUGACAUCGGUGUCACUCCAGAGGGCCUGCAGUUCAGCAUGUGCCUACUGGACAGCUGGGACUACAUGAUGGCUGCGGCGGAGUUCCUGUUCCUGCUGUGGGGUGUCUAUUUGUGCUACGCUGUAAGGACUGUGCCCUCUGCUUUCCACGAGCCUCGCUACUUGGCAGUGGCCAUUUAUAACGAACUCCUCAUCUCUGCGAUAUUUCACAUCAUUAGGUUCUCUCUUGGCACUGGGCUUCAUCCAGACUGGAUGCUAAUGUUAUUUUUCGUCCAUACACACCUGACAGUGACCGUUACUCUGGGAUUGCUUCUCAUUCCAAAGUUCUUGUUCACUGGGACUCAUGCACGGGAGGAUAUAGCCACAGAGGCUUAUGAAGAUGAGCUGGAUAUGGGUCACUCGGGUUCCUGUCUGAACAGCAGCAUAACGUCGGCCUGGAGUGAGCACAGUCUGGAUCCUGAGGACAUAAGGGAGGAGCUGAAGAAGCUCUAUUCCCAACUGGAGAUCUAUAAAAGAAAGAAGAUGCUGGCCAAUAAUCCUCACUUACAGAAAAAACGCAGUUCCAAGAGGGGGCUUGGCCGGACACUUAUGCGGCGUAUCACAGAAAUACCUGAAACUGUGAGUCGCCAGUAUAGCCGGGAAGAUAGAGAUGGCAGUGACCAUGGGAGUAACAGAAGCACACUAAGGAGAAACCCCUUUGAUCCAUCUCACUCUGGGAAGUCAAGGGAAGAAUCUCUGAAGAGCAAGAUGUUCUCACUCAAGAGAUCUCACAGCUACGAUCAUACACACGACCAAGGUGGACAAACCAAUGGGGUGCCUGGAGACAAAAUGGAGAAUUCCACAACUGAGGCAUCUCUGCUUGACACCUUGAUGGGGCGGAGGUCCAACAAGAAGAACCCUGAGGUACCAAAGGUGGAGUUAGCUGAAUCUACGGAGUCAGUGCCGUUAGUAUGCAAAUCCGCCAGUGCGCAUAACCUAGCGGCAGAAAAAAAGCCUGUACAUCUUCGUACCUCAAUGUUGCAGAAGUCACUGUCUGUCAUUGCUAGUGCCAGAGAAAAGACGUUAGGCAUUGCAGGGAAGACUCACAGUGUGGAGGAUGCCAAUAAGAAGGGCCUCAAAGCAAGGGAAGGCACAGCGCUUUCAGAGGUUGAUGAAUCCCCUGAGUGUUUACCAAAAAUGAUCAUCAGCCAAUCGGUUGAGUACACCAAAACACCUAGUAAGAUGGGCAUCAUGAAGCAGCAGGUGAGCGGCAGUCAGCCCUCCAUUUGUUCAGAACCAGGGAAGAGCAAGGAGCUGUACGACCUCUCUGAGGUCUGCCCUUGGGAAGUGGAGGAUUUACCAACUCCAUCAGAAGGCAAGUCUCAGAAACAUGUUUCCAUUGCCCCCAACGAAACCACUACAAUCCACGGCAGCAGUGCAAAAAGUGGACAUAAGUCUCAACACAAACAAAAAGGCUUGGGCCAAUCUCCGUCAAACCGCCGUCGCUCCAGAGAUAAGACUGGGGAAAGGGAUGAAGGGAGGAAACCCAAAUCCCCUCUCAAUCUCACUACUCACAAAGAUGCAAGUGCAUGGAACUUUGAAGAUUCAUCACUCCAAGCUAUGGACACUGCGGGACUGUCCCCUGAGAGAAUCAGUCGCAAGAAAAGUGUCACCCCAACAGACGGAAAGCCCAAGAUUUUCCUCUCAGAUAUCUCCAAGUCCACAGGAAGCCUUUUGCAGCCUCCAGCUCUUAUGGUGGAUAUCUGCCCUUGGGAUUUUGAUCCCCCCCUGUCCCCCAACCAAGACAAAACAUCCAGCCCCAUACAUCAUUCAAAGAGAAGAGAUUCUUCCUCCAAAAGAAAAGGAUUGUCUUCUAAAGAGAAAGCGAUGAAGGAUAAAGAUGAUGAAAAACGAAGCUCUAAAAUUAAGGAGCGGAGAAGCUCCUCAAGCAGAACCUCCGAGAAACGACGUACAAGCCAAUCAUCAGAGGGUGAUCAAGCUGCCAUGGUGGCAUCCAGCAGAAGGAGGAGCUCGACUAGAGACACCGCUUUCAGCAGCAGUAAGCGUACUGAAGUUUGCCCCUGGGAGACAGAGGCACUAUCAAGUGUUACCUCACAUGAUAAAGAUACUCCAUCAACUGAAAACCACACAACCCAAACACCACCCACUUACCUCAACAUGGCUGACGUUUGUCCAUGGGACUAUGAUGAGAAGUCAGGAAAAAGUGCAUGACACUACACUCACGAUGUUAGACCAUUUUAGCAAGGUUUAUGAGAUGGCAGAUUCCAUAUUUAAAAGUUAAGACCCGUUCACACCAAGAACGUUAACUCUAAUGAUAAUCAAAUUAAGUGCACACUGCGGUUAUGUUGUCUGCUGCUUAAAUACUCGAAGUCCUUAAAAGUGAAAUCUGAUUGGCUGUCAAUGUUUUCAUCAUUCUGCAGCUGAAAUGUUUUUUUCUGAAAGUGAUUGCAGUUAUAUAAAUCCUCUGUGUCAAUAUUGUUCAGACUGUGGUGUGACUUUCUUAUUCUCAUAGAACUAGAUCAGUCUGUUGUUAUAGUUAUUCUACUUGGUGUAAGCGGGCCUUUAUCCCUAUGUUUAUGCCUGUUAACUUCUUUUAUGUGUCAUCUUUCAUUUUAUUUGUUCAUUGCUUUUUGAUAAUUCAGUGGCUCUCCUAAUGGCACAUUUUUAUUAGGAUGUUGAAACAACAGUUCCAUAGUGAAUUAGAAUACCAACAAUCUUUUUGAUGAUUGUUUUUGUCACUAAGAACCAGAAACUUCAAAAGGAAAAUAAAUAAAUACAUUUAUUAUAAAAAAAUAAUAAUGAAGUAAUUAAAAUACCACAGUGGGAUUUCAGUUUAAUCAAUUUUAAAAAUAGUUUUUAGGGUUAUGCUCAAUUGGAGAAAGUGGGGUAAGAUGAGACACAUCCUGUUUCUACGGAACUGCAUCAGUUUUUAUGCAGUGUGUAUUUUAAAGACACAGUUUUGCUGUUUGUAAUGGAUUAAAGCCUGUGAUCCUAUUAUUAAUUUUGUGAAUAAUUCUCAGGGCAGGUUUAUCACAAACAUUUUGAAAAUAGAAGCCAACAUUUAAAAAGUAUAGAAGUGGUUCUGUAACUGAUUUAUGAACAACUUUGAUAUCUUCUGGGCCUAGUUUAAAAAUAAUAAUAAUAAUAAUAAUAAUCUGGAUCAAAUUGGUCCAGGUUUGGAAAUCACAUGUUUUGCUAUCCAGGAUUAACUGAUUAAUACUUUUAUGACCGUUUUAAAGGAAAAUUAGGUGGGAUAACUGUGAUCCAAUUACCAAAUUUCAGGAUUAGUAAAUACUGUUUAUCAGAGCCAGUCCCGUGCAGAGACUAUCCAAGGGGCAUGUGUAGGAUAAAACUUUUUAAUAACCGGGGUUGGGGGUUAAGGAUGGGUGGUUGGGGGGUGUCGUGAACUGAAGAGCAGAGGCGAGUUUUGCCGCGCGCUAACUGAAGAGCAGAGGGGGAUUGUCACGUACUGAAGAGCGGGUUGGGGGGAAGGAGCUCUCGGGGUUGUCGCGGGGGCAAUUCAGAUCAUUUUUUAAGGGCACUUGCUAUUCAAGGCUAAAAAGGCCAUGUGCACUGCACAGGUUGAGCCCUAUGUGUGCACGUGCCUGAUCAGAGCCUUGAAUGGAACCAACAGUGUAGCCUGCUGGCUUAACAAAGAACAAUAGGUAGGCAAAAUACCAGUGGCCACAAACAGCCAUUGUUUGUUUUAAUGUCAAGAAGCAGAAACACUGCAAUUAAUAAAUUUUUGACAUGUUUUAGUUUGUUUUAAUACAAUACUGCUUCGAUAUCUCAAUACUGAUUGUUUACCAUAUCUCAUUAGAUCUGAUAUGCUUCAUAUAGACUUCAAAUAUAAAGGACUGUAUAUAACAUACGUAACCAUAACGUUUGUGAUCAUUCACUUUAAGAGCCCCUAUUAUGGGUUUUUGAAAAUGACCUUCCAUGCAGUGUGUAACACUGCUCUUAGUGAAGUGAAAUAUCCAGCUAAGGCUUAAAUCUGAAAGUGCACCAUGUUUAAAACUAUUGAUUCAUCUAUAAAAUAGUUGACUCAAAGUGAAUGAAUCGCCACGGAAACAAGGUUUUAGCCGUGCCGGCGUGACGUCAAUAUGGAACUCAAGCCCGUCUAUCUACUGUGCGCGCAGACCUGGAAAAACUGGAACCCCCGGCCCACGCUCACAAACACUGUAGAAAGAAAAAGAGGAAGACAAAAACUAUAGCAGAUUCUGGUUGAAUAAUAUCACGUAGACGCUGUGCUCUGAGGUGUGAGGGAAAGUUAAUGUUAUUUUCCCUACCGGUCAGUGGUAGAAAUUUAUUUUUGCAAACAUACCUCAGCAUUAUAGCCUCAGCCUUGUUUUUACAGCCUUGAAAUUACAGGUGUUUUCUGGUAAAAAUAACAAAACAGGAGGAUGGCGGGAGAUGGAUUUGAAAUAUGGGUGACUUACCUGCGAACAGGAGUGUUCGUAAGUAUGCUCACACAUAUACUCUGCAAUCUGACAACUUCAGAAUUGUUGCUAAGCUGUGGUGGGCAUUUCACUCUGUCUCACGCUGAACGCAGUCAACCAGUCAAAACAGACUGGGUCAUCGGACCAAUCAGCACAGAUUAGCAUCGCGCAAAAGAAAGAUUUGGGAACUAAUAAAUCUUUGAACAAAUUAUAUGGGAGUCUUUGGGAAAAUUAGGUAAAAUUAAAUGCAUAUUAUAAGACCAUAAAAGUGUUUUUUGACCUUUCAUGCAUAACAGCCUGUUCUUGGAGACCCCUAAAACCAAAAUAUGACCCUUUUAAAUGCAUAAUAGGGUUUCUUAAAAAAAAUAAUAUAUAUAUAUAUAUAUAUAUAUAUAUAUA